AGUGGUUCCCGUCGCCUCGUCGUUCGCUCCGCACAGUGCCGGCCCUAAACCAACCCCUGAACCCUCCCAAAUUCCCCAAAUCCCCCGCUCCCACCCGCCUAGCUCGCCGCAACCCACCCUGCAAAUCCCAAUGGAGGAAGGCAGCAAGGUGCAAGCGCCGCCCCCGUUCCACGCCGAAGCGGCGGAGCAGCCCCCUCCCGUUCCGAUGGACCAAGACGAGGAGCGGGAAGCGGCCGCGGAACCCAUGGAGGACGGAGAACCCGCAGAUGCCUCCGAGGCUGCGGAUCCCAUAGAGGACGGAGAAGCGGCCGGAGACGCCGCGGCGGCCGCGGAGCCCAUGGAGGACGACGCGCCCACGUCCUCCCCAACCCCGUCCGCGCCCUCCGCCACCGCGGCCGUGGACGACUCCACCAUCGCGCGGAAGCGCCGCCGCCGGAAGAAGCAGUUUCCCGGCAUGAUCCCCACGGCUGGAGUCCGCGUCCUCCGGGGCUCUUCCUCCUCCUCCGCCCACACCGCGGCGCAUCUCUCCGGUGUCCCGCGCCGCCGGGGGCGUCCCCCGACCUCCUCCUCCCUCCGCCUCGCCCGUGAGCUCGACUCAGAGGCCCUCAUCGCCCUCGCCGCGGGGUUCCCUGCGGAUUCCCUCUCGGAGGACGAGAUCGCGGCCGGGGUGCUCCCACGCAUUGGCGGCACCGAUCAAGCCAACUACCUCGUCGUCCGCAACCACAUCAUCGCGCUCUGGCGUUCUAACCCCCUCUCCUAUAUCGCAGCUAACGCCGCGCUCGCCUCUAUUCGCGCCGAGCACGCGCCCCUCGUUGCUGCGGCGCAUUCCUUCCUGUCCGACCACGCGUACAUCAAUUUUGGCUUUGCCCCCUCCGUCCUCUCCCUUCCCCCACGGCCUCCACCCUCAUUUCCUUCCCCAUCCGUCCUCAUUGUUGGCGCUGGCCUUGCUGGUCUGGCCGCAGCACGCCACCUGAUAUCACUUGGCUUCAAGGUGGCCGUUAUCGAAGGCCGACUCCGCCCUGGCGGCCGGGUGUUUACCAAGACAAUGCGAUCUUCCGCUGCAGAGUAUCCCGACAUUACUGCUGCUGCUGACCUUGGAGGCAGCGUGCUCACCGGUAUCAAUGGGAAUCCCCUUGGUGUCAUCGCGCGGCAGCUUGGAUUCCCACUCCACAAGGUGCGGGACAAAUGCCCGCUUUAUCUUCCUGAUGGCCGCCCUGUUGACCCUGACAUGGAUGCCCGUGUUGAGGCUGCCUUUAAUCAGCUUCUCGACAAAGUUUGCCAGUUGAGGCAGGUGAUUGCAGAUGGCGUGCCGCACGGCGUUGAUGUGUCACUGGGCAUGGCACUUGAGGCAUUCCGGGCGGCUCAUGGUGUUGCAGCUGAGCCAGAAGAAAGGAUGCUUCUGGAUUGGCAUCUGGCAAACCUGGAGUAUGCCAAUGCUGCCCCUCUUGCUGAUCUUUCCAUGGCCUUCUGGGACCAGGAUGAUCCGUAUGAAAUGGGCGGAGACCACUGCUUUAUUCCUGGUGGGAAUUCUCAAUUUGUCCGUGCACUCGCUGAUGGCAUCCCCAUAUUCUAUGGGCAGAAUGUGCGUAGGAUACAGUAUGGGUGCGAUGGUGUGAUGGUGCACACUGAUAAGCAGGCGUUUCGUGGUGAGAUGGUGCUGUGCACAGUUCCUCUUGGCGUGCUCAAGAGGGGUGACAUCAAGUUUGUGCCUGAGCUGUCAGCUCAGAAGAAAGAGUCCAUCCAAAGAUUGGGUUUUGGGCUUCUUAACAAGGUUGUGAUGUUGUUCCCUUAUGAUUUCUGGGAUGGCAGGAUCGAUACAUUUGGUCACUUGACAGAGGACUCUGGUCAGCGUGGUGAGUUCUUCCUGUUCUAUAGCUAUUCUUCUGUCUCAGGAGGGCCAUUGCUCAUCGCCCUUGUUGCUGGGGAGUCAGCUGUCAAGUUUGAGAAGAUGUCACCAAUGGAAAAUGUUGAGAAGGUGCUGGACACACUUAGGAAAAUCUUUUCACCCAAGGGGAUCGAGGUUCCAAACCCACUGCAGGUGAUAUGCACUCGAUGGGGCACUGACAGAUUUACAUACGGAUCAUACUCAUAUGUGGCUAUUGGGGCUUCUGGUGAUGAUUAUGACAUUUUGGCCGAGAGUGUGCACAAUAGAGUUUUCUUUGCUGGGGAGGCAACAAACAGGCGGUACCCUGCAACAAUGCAUGGAGCUCUGCUUAGUGGGUACAGGGAGGCUGCCAACAUUUUAAGAGCAGCUAGAAUGAGGGCAAGAAAGGUUGACUCACCUGAGAAGAUGAAUGUUAAUAGUGAAGUCAAAAUGGAUGUUAAUGGCGAAGUCAAAAUGGAUGUUAUUGGCACAGUCAAAAUGGAUGUUAAUGGUGAAGUCAGAGGCAAUGUUAAAGAUGGCAAGAUUGAUCUGGAUGAUCUCUUCCGUUCUCCUGAUGCUACUUUUGGGGGUUUCUCAGUUCUCCACGACCCAUCUACCUCUGAACCUGAUUCAAUGUCAUUGUUGCGUGUUGGAAUUGGUGCUAGAAAGUUAGGCUCUGGUUCACUUUUCCUCUAUGGCUUAAUAAUGAGAAAGAAUGUAGUUGAGCUGGCUGCAAUUGGGGGAGAUGAGCAACGGUUGAGUACAAUGUACCGAGAUUUUGGGACAAAACUUGUCGGAUUGGAUAGCUUGGGUGAUGCUGGAGAAAGCCUUAUCUCUCGGAUAAAGUCUGCUGCUAGGAAGUAGUACUGAUUUUUGGUAUGUUUAAAUGGUUCACUCUCACCUGUAAUAGUUGUCAGCUCUGAGCACUGAGUUGGUAUGCUCAGCAUAGUCACUGACCUUGCAAGUAAUUCAUUCAUUUCAUUAAUUGCCUUAUACCACUUGACUCUCAUCAAGAUGUAAGUUCUGCCAUGUUCUGCUGAUAAAAACAACGGAGAAUAAUCAAAGAUCAUAAUACCACGUGAAACAAUGUAAGAUUCCGAUCAGCACUUUUUGUUCAUACGUGGUAUAUGAUAAAUCUCUCUUGACACCUCUGUAGUGACAUUAUUAGGUGCACAGUUAUGUUAGGGAUAUUAUUUUUAUGAUGUAGCACUUGUUACUUUGUUAGCAUGUGAUCUGACCUCUUGGGGCUCAAUAAUUUAUCUAAAUGACCUAUCCCCUCUAUAAUGUCAUGGGAAAAUGUGGAGAACAAAAGGAUCCGAGGUUCCUGAUGAUCCGAACAUAUUACUAUUUUGGUGAGGUCUGAGGUGAUAAAUACUUGAGUCUUGUUCUCGUUGGUUA